CACCUUUCUCAGUCAGCUGUGCAGGAGAGAUCUUUUUGGAUUACGCAAUUGCCGAACGUUUUCUCGACAUUUUUGGCGAUGGCAGACGGAAAGCCGGCGCAUUCAAAAUCUCUGUUCGGCCGACUGGGCCUCAAAUGUCCCAACAAACACAAUCUUCUCUUCUUCUACCUCCCCGCACAGGGGGUGGCCAGCUUUGCCGGUCUUUCGAUCAACUCGAUGAACCCGCGAAUCUUCUACAAAUUGUUCCCGAAAAAAGAUAUAACGAGCACCUUGCUGGCGUGUUCCACCCUGGGAACAGGGUUGUACCUUUACAACAGGCCACACUUGCAGUCAGCACCAACACAGCUUAGACUCUCAUUCAGCGUUUACGGUGCUCUGCUGUUCAACUUUGGCUCGCUGCUGUUAUUCGCCGUGGCCAAGAGCUACCUGCCCGAGAACACCAACCUUGCGACCUUGGUCGGCGUAGCCUCAUGCUACAGCCUUGUCAAAGUUGGCACCUCCUAUUUGGACCACAUCGACUCGCAGCUGGAGAGAAAGCAGUCAUAGAAUUUUUAAAGCAAGAAGGAAGGAAGGAAGGGUUGUUUCACGAAAACCGGUGAAAAUCGUCUCACCCAGACGCACUAAUUUUUCUAAUUAGUCUGAUUCGUUUUGUAUGCGAGGCCAUUUUUAAUUCAACUGCGUGCGGAACUUUUUCUGCAUCCGAGAAUUUUUGUCGGAGGUACCUGUAGCACGAUAAAUAAUAAAUUUAUAUACAUACAUUACUUACGUGAGUUGAAUGAUUAAAAUGUAUUAAAAAAAAAAUAUAAUAAAAAAAAUGAGAGCGUGAGUCACUCAUGGUUCAGUCCAAUA